GGGGGAGAAAAAAUAAAAUCAACAAAGAUGAUUCACAUUACAAUUCAGUUGGUGGGUCAAGUUCCAUUGCUGUUGUGUUCCCCCACGCAUCCUAACGCGCGUGAUCAAAAUGUUCUAACCAUUUCUUACCAUAUUCAUACCUUCCAUCUGUUCCAUGUCCUCUCUAGUAUUAAGAGAGACAAAUUCUCUCUUCUUUCGUCAGUGUUUACUACACUUCUACGUUGAUUGCACCGUCCCCUUUUGUUGAGCAAAAUUGGUUAUGGCGGGGAGGAGUUGCCGGAACAGUAUUCCGGUGGCGUUCUUAGUUGCAGUAUUGUUUGUUUUGAACCCGCCGACGGGAGUUAAAUCUGAUUCUUCCGAUCACAGAUACAAAACCAACGAAGACGUACCUCUUUACGCUAACAAGGUCGGCCCUUUCCAUAAUCCCAGGUAUUCUUUUCAGUGAUCCAUUUUGUUCUGAUUAAAUUUCUCUUUGUUCUUGUUGGUUGUGUUCGAGUUAGAUUGAUGUUAGUGAUUACCAUUUUAAUUGGUGAAUUACAUGAUGAUCGACUAAGCAUUUUAUUGGGAUAAGAACUUUAAUUGUGUGAUAAAUGUGAAUCGAUUCAUUUUUUUUUCUUAUCAGCAUCAUCAUCACGUGGUUGAAUGCAUUGUUGGAUAUGGCUUUGGCUGUGGAACUGUGACUGUGUUUGUAUUUUGGUCUGAUGUGGUUUAUAAUUGGUUAGAUCUGGAGCUAGACUUUGCAUCUUGCUUGUCACAAUAAUAUAGACGGACUAAUGUGUGUAGUUUUUUGGACGACAGCAUAGCUAAUUCAUUGCAGUGUUUGAAGUCCAAGCUACUUAUCUAGUGCUAAUCCAUGUUUGCAUUUUAUUGAACUGGAUGUUUGAGAAACGAUUUCUUUUUCCCAUCUCGAUUGUGUGUCUGUUCAAUGUUGAAGAGGGAGAGAAAAUGAGAGUUGGAUUGAAAGUAGUAAUAGGUUCUUGUUGUUAGGCUACCAUGUGAAAUAUUAGGAAGAUAUAUGAUAUAGUACUUGUUGGGAGUAUUUCAUAGUAGUGAGGAAGUAUGUUGGUUUCUAGUGAUGCAUAUAUAUGAAAUACUUGCCAGCUUUCGGGAUCAAGCACUUGUUAGCAUAUUUUGUAACUGCAGGCAAGGGUCUUCAUUCUUCAAGUGGGGAACUCUUUGGUAUUGAAAACACCCGUCGUUGUGUAUGCAGUAAUUCCGAGGCUAUGUGACUUAGUUUUAUUGUGCCUGAUUUCUUCAGAUUUACCCUUUCCUACAAUUAUGCUUGAACUUUUCUCCUCAUUAAAUUGUGUACUUCUACUGACCUUCAUUUCCCCCACAUUGUAGUGAAACAUACCGGUACUUUGACCUCCCCUUCUGCUCACCUGGUAAGCCUAUUGAUUUAGUUGUUUAUUAUUAUUUUUAUCCAAUUGAAAGCUAAAUCGUUUAUUUUUCAUCACUGCAGCUCAUGUAAAAGAGAAAAAGGAAGCUCUUGGUGAAGUUCUGAAUGGUGACCGCUUAGUUGUUGCCCCAUAUAAUCUCGAAUUCUUAUCUAACAAAGAUUCUGAAAUUGUUUGCCAAAAGAAGUUGUCAAAGGAAGAAGUUGCUCAAUUUCGAAAUGCUGUUGCAAAAGACUAUUACUUCCAGAUGUAUUAUGAUGAUUUGCCACUUUGGGGUUUCCUGGGGAAGGUUGACAAAGAAGGCAAAGCUGAUCCAAGUGAAUACAAGUAUUACUUAUUCAAGCAUCUGCAUUUUGAAAUAGCUUACAACAAGGAUCGGGUUAUUGAGAUUAAUGCACGAACCGACUCUAAUGCUCUUGUUGAUAUUACUGAGGAUAAGGAAGUUGAUGUGGACUUCAUGUACUCUGUCAAAUGGAAGGAAACUGACAUUCCUUUUGAGAAGAGGAUGGACAAGUUUCAGUCAUCUUCAUUGCCACAUCAUUUGGAAAUCCAUUGGUUCUCAAUCAUCAAUUCAUGUGUAACAGUUCUUCUGUUAACUGGUUUCCUAGCGACAAUUUUGAUGCGAGUCCUUAAAAAUGAUUUCGUUAAAUAUGCACAUGAUGAGGAGGCUGCAGAUGAUCAAGAAGAAAGUGGAUGGAAGUAUAUUCAUGGGGAUGUCUUCAGAUAUCCAAAAUACAAAUCUCUACUUGCUGCUUCACUAGGAUCUGGUUCUCAGCUUUUUACCCUUACAAUCUUCAUAUUCAUCCUUGCCCUUGUUGGUGUAUUUUAUCCUUACAACCGAGGAGCUCUCUUCACUGCUUUAGUGGUUGUUUAUGCCCUUACUUCUGGAAUUGCUGGUUACACUGCUGCAUCUUUCUAUUGCCAGCUAGAGGGAACAAAUUGGGUUAGAAAUCUAUUGUUGACUGGAGGCCUAUUUUGCGGACCAUUGCUUUUGACAUUUUGCUUCUUGAACACUGUCGCCAUUGCUUAUAGUGCUACUGCAGCACUGCCAUUUGGUACAAUUGUCGUCAUCUUUCUUAUAUGGGCCCUUGUCACAUCACCUUUGCUAGUCCUUGGUGGGAUUGCCGGAAAGAACAGCAAGGCAGAGUUUCAAGCCCCAUGCCGCACAACAAAAUAUCCAAGGGAAAUCCCACCAUUACCUUGGUAUCGCGGAACUCUACCACAGAUGGCAAUGGCUGGUUUCUUGCCUUUCAGUGCCAUCUAUAUUGAACUCUACUACAUCUUUGCUAGCGUAUGGGGUCACCGGAUUUACACCAUCUACAGCAUCUUGUUUAUUGUCUUCAUUAUUCUGAUCAUUGUUACGGCUUUUAUUACGGUGGCUCUUACUUAUUUCCAACUUGCUGCUGAAGACCAUGAAUGGUGGUGGAGAUCAUUCCUCUGUGGUGGAUCAACUGGAUUGUUCAUCUAUGGUUACUGCCUGUAUUACUAUUAUGCACGAUCAGACAUGUCUGGAUUUAUGCAGACUUCAUUCUUCUUUGGUUAUAUGGCUUGUGUGUGCUACGGCUUCUUCCUCAUGCUCGGAACAGUUGGCUUCCGUGCAGCAUUGUUCUUUGUUCGUCACAUUUAUCGCUCAAUCAAGUGUGAGUAAGCAAGCUGAUCAAACAUCCUAAAUAUGCAGUUUGUCAGUGUUCUGGUGAGUUGAGAAAUUAUUUUUCGCGCCAAACUAGAAGCAGAAGGAAUUUGUUCCCAGAAGCCUCAGGUUGCUAUUACUUGCACAUAUGUUAAAUGCGGCUAGUGGUUACCACAUUACAUGAUUUUCAGUAGGGAUUAGAGACUGUCAAAGUGGAGAAACCAAAGGAAGUACCUCAUAUCAACAGGUGGGAAUCCAGCCUUUGCAAGAUUGGAAGCAUGGUUAUUUUGAUUAGCAGCUAAAUAAUCGAUGUUAAAGUGUUUGUUAGGUUUUGUUUAAUACCUUCAUCUUCGAAAGUGAAAAGUAGUAUGUAAACAUUGACGGCAAGCCUCUCAAAUUUCAGGCUCCCUAGGGUUCUUACAUUCUUUUUGAAUACGUAGAAGGAUAUUUUUUAGCUGAUUCAAUUUCUGUGUCACACUAGCUACUUCUGUUUCGUGUCUUUUCUCACGGCAUACUUCUUCUCAAUGGACUAUCAUGGG